AUGGGGAACCAUAUUGAAAUGUGAGCAGGGUAAAACGACGAAAAAAACAACGAAGUGCGGAGCGGAAGUGAGGAGGUGGAACCAAAAAAAGGACAAAAAACAUCUGGACCUCAUUUGUACCCUGGGGAAAGAAAAAAAAUAAUACCACCAUAAAUCGGACGUUUUAAAAAUGAUCUUUCUCUUUGAGUGGCGAAAACUUUCUUUUUGAGGCCGUUUGCCAUCAUACAUGUGUUCGUCACAAAUGCAUUUUUGUGGAAACGCAAAUAAGGGGGGUUAAAAUCAUUACCCAGGCACCCUGCUCAGCGGUGGGAAUGAAAGUGGAUGAGCGCGUGCGAGCGUUCGUGCGUAUUACGUGAAUGUGUAGCCUCUCGAAGCGCGAGCCCUCUGUUGUUCACUGAGGGAGAGAGACUCUGAGAGAGCGGCAUCCGGGAUUUAACCUGAAUCACGUUUUUCUGGCAUUUUAACAAUUCAACGCAAACUGACGCGUCCUAGAGUCGACGAGACAGGCGUUUUGACGAUUAUCACAGACAUGGCUUUACUAACAGUCGAACUGUACACAGUUACGUCCAUUGCUCCGCUGAAGUUUUGACCUUUUCAAAAGUCGUUUUGUUCACUUCUUCUGACGACCUGAACUGGAUCAAGCGUACGGGAAUUACUUCAGCUCAUGUAAACUUCGUAAAUGAAUAUUAACUCCAGCAGCACGCUUUUCUUCUCCCUGCCGGGCAUCGCACAUGGGGUGAUACAGAGUAGCUUCCUGGGCCGCUGAGACGUGACAUCGGGCGUCUCAUUUAUUCUGCCCCCGCUGGCCCAGACAAGCUCGGACAGCCUGCCCUCUGAAUGUCUUACAGUCACAAAGCUGCAGGACUUUGCCAAACCGUCACCAUGAGCAAAUACUCCCAGUACUUCAACAAAACCCUCAUACGGGUCCACUAUCUCAGCGCCAAGGAAAUGACCAAUGAAGAACUCGAGAAGCGCAUAAAAAAUAAAGAAGGCUUCAGUUCCUUGAACAUUUUAUUUGUCAUCAUCUGCAGCAUCAUCAUCUUGGAAAACCUUCUGGUGCUCAUCGCCGUGUUUCGCAAUAAGAAGUUCCACUCGGCCAUGUUCUUCUUCAUCGGGAACUUGGCCUUCUCUGACCUGCUGGCCGGCUCUGCUUAUAUUGCCAACAUCUUCCUGUCAGGACCUCGGACAUUUGAUCUGGUUCCUGUUCAGUGGUUUAUAAGAGAAGGCACGGCUUUCAUCGCACUGGCCGCCUCGGUGUUUAGCCUGCUGGCUAUCGCUAUAGAGCGUUACAUCGCCAUCACCAAAGUCAAGGUUUACGGCUCCAACAAAACCUGCAGGAUGUUUCUUCUGAUCGGAACAUGCUGGGUCAUGUCCAUUCUCCUCGGAGGUCUACCAAUUCUCGGUUGGAACUGUAUUAACAACCUGGAGGAUUGCUCCGCUGUCCUGCCUCUCAACUCCAGAUACUACAUCCGGUUUGUCGUCACCAUCUUCACCAUCAUCUUGCUGUCCAUCGUGAUCCUAUACGUUCGCAUCUACCUUAUCGUACGCACAAGCCACCAAGAGGCCACCAACUCUCCAGCCUACGCUCUCCUGAAAACUGUCACUAUCGUGCUGGGAGUGUUCAUUGUAUGUUGGCUGCCUGCCUUCACCAUUCUCCUGCUGGACACUUCCUGCACAAUUAAAAAAUGCCCUAUUCUCAACAACGCCGUUAUAUUCUUCAGCAUCACCACCCUUAAUUCGGCGCUGAACCCGCUGAUCUACACGAUGCGGAGUAAGGACAUGAGGAAGGAGUUCAUCAGGGUUCUGUGCUGCUGGGGGCUGCUGAAUUGCGGCAGACCUCCGCACCGCUGCAUGGUGCCGCUCAAGAGCUCAAGUUCGAUGGAGCACUGCACGAACAAACACGAACAUCAGUCGACUCCCAUCAUGCAGGACUGCACUACCUGUGUCUGAACUGUGUUUGGAGACGCGGAAAUGAGAAGGUGGGGAGAGACGAUGGUAUGUGAAGAAUGAAUCCAACACACAGAAGACAGAAGGGUGGUCGCUUUCAAGAAACAAGAACCACACUGUUUGCAGACUGUUCAAUUCAAAGCAAAUAUCAGACGUGGUACCUUGUGUCUUUUGUUGCUUCUCUUCUUGCAAACGUCCGUGACCAUCCCAGAACAAGACUUGUGCCACACACUUGACAUUUUAAGACCGUGUGGCCUUGACAUCUGUGCAAACAAAAGCAAACUCAAAUGGGAAUUAGCUCUUCAGACAAUUUGUGUGCGUGUGUGGAUGACAAAACUAAACAUGCAUUUUCCUUCUUAAAUCAAAGUUGAAGAUAUUGCACUUUGUAGACUUCUAGGCAGUUUGCCGUGGUUUAUCUCUCAAAUACUGACUAGUCUAUCAGAAGUCACAUACAAGAUCCUAUUUGAUGUAGGCCGUCAUUGUCAGACCCAUAUUAAACUGUAAGGAUUAACGGUGCACUCCAUGUGAGCCAAACCACCAUGCAUGCUUGCAGAAAUGUAUUUAUCGAAUUACUUGAUAUACAUAACACCCUUUGAUAACAGACGAAAAGUAUUCCGCUUCAUUGUAUUGCAUGAAAGUCUAACCUGUGUAAAAACUAGUAUGUAUGGCAAACUUAUGUACAAUGUUACUCUUCAUCUUUUGGCUUACUGUACCUUGCUAUUUUAUUUUUUCCUUAACAUUCCUAAUGUUUCCUAAGAGGAACGCACAACCAGUAUAUAUUUACUGUACUGUUCCCCACAGCAGCCAGGCCUGUUGACAUGACAACGUUGUAGCAACGCUGCGGCAGCGUAUGCUUUCUACUUAGUGCCCUCUUUGACGAACGGAACUGAAUACGAGAAUGAAGUGUUACGAGCGAACAUUUCGCUGAUCGACAGUAUUAAGCAACAUCAUUUUUCUCCUGUGGAGUAUUGAGCUUUUAGCAACAGAAAUAAGAAGGCUUUGUCACUGUGAAGUCUUGAUGACAUGUAAAGUUCAUUAAAAAUGAUUAGAUUAGGACAAACUGAGCAAGUCUGCCAUCUUUUUAUAGGUCGCAUGUCUUCUGAAGAGUUGAACUUCCUGCAAACAAAGGAAGUCCAGUGUUUCGUAUUCUUCCUGUUGUUAAGGACUGACCUUUAGUAUUCUCAUUUGUUACUGUCAUAAACGCAAACACUUUCGCCCACGCAGUCGUCCGCGUUCAUUGUUUGAUACCGUCAUGUUUUAGUUUCCUCUGUCGAAUCGAUCGCUGUAUGUCGACAGAGAAAGCACUUUGGCAGCUCUUCCAAUACCCCCCUAAUGUAUUUUCUUUCUUUUUUGAUUUGCAUGAAGACUUGUUCAAGUCAGUGUGAGCAUCCCUGUCACUCCGUUCAAUGUAAAACAUUGCCUACCCUGUGGAACAAUGUUUUUUUUAUGAUAAAUAUAUGAAAGUAUGUAUGUAUGUAUCUUUCUAUGUACAGUGUGUAUGAAAUCUGUAUACGUAUAGAAUGUCUUGUGUGCAAUAGCCUUGUGUCUUGUAGCCUGUGCUAAAUCGGUACAAUCCCAAACACUAAUGUAGGUACGUAAACAUUAGUUCAUUCCGUUUUUUUAUAAAUUAAAUACAAAAAAAUGACUGACGAUCGUCUGUUUCUUAUUUG